AUGGAGCAGCGCUGGGGCUUCUUGGCCCCGUGGUGCGACGCACUGAAGAACCGAGUGGCCUACUCUGGCUCCGAGUGUAGCGGCUCGCCCUUCAUGAAGUGGAUGGCUGCUGUGGCCCACGUGGACAAUGAUGCGUGGCGGUACUUGCUGGAGAACCACUGCUUAGUGAACUUUGGCGUCGAAGGAGAAGCCGUAUACGAGGAAAAAAUCCCUAUUCGGUAUGUGAUAACUCUAGACCAGCAGCCCCAAACAGAAACUUUACGUGAAUUCCGCGACACCGAGACGGACGAGUACGACAUGGUUUUAUUCUUUGGACCGCACCAGCGCCUUCACUCGAGCGCUGAAUAUCGUAAAACGCUGCAGCAAAUUGCUGCGCUGGACCACGAUCUCCAGCGAAUAAACUCAGUCUUUAACUUUGAGGUUCCAGUGCGGGUGGAGUUUGCUCCUUCCGACGACAGCGAAUGCUCGGAAGAACUCGCUGAGGCUGGGAUAGCGGAGAAGAUCCUGAAGGAGCAGUGGGACGAGUAUCUCCUCUCUGGUGACAACAAAGCCCCAGCGCCUGGAGAAUGGAGAUGCACUUUUGUUUUGGAACGGAUGAUUACCAACUUGAAUGGUUACGACUUGUGCGACGAAACGGGGCCGACGAUCAAGGCCUUGCUGCGUCAGAACACGAUGCUGGAGGCAAACAAGUACCUGGAAUUCCUCGAAGUCGUUGCCCAUCCUGUCUACGACCGGUACCUGCAAAGCUUCAGAGUCCAUCAUCUCAAGCCGAUCUCGCGCACGCUCAGACCAAUCAAGAGACCAAGACGGACCCAGGGACGAACGGUUGCAGCAAGCCUGAUCAAGCCUCUGAACCAGCAUGUAUUGACGCAUAUCUUUGAAUUUGCAGCAGACCCUGUCCUCCGAGAAGUCUACUUCCGCAAGUCGCACCGGAUCAAGUACGAGCUCAUAUUCGACGAUGCACUUGUUGUGGACCAGAAUCUUUCCUCGUCGAGCCAUUUGGAUACUGAAGCCGAGUUUCGAAAAAGAUUCCAGAAGAUGAGGGAGGCCAUGGCGCUGCUGGCUGCUGUGGCUUACGUGGAUUAUGAUGCGUGGCGGUAUUUGCUGGAGAAGCACUGCUCAUCCAUAACGGACACUCUACGUGACUCCAACGACUUCGAGACGCACGAGUACGACUUGGUGUUCUUAUGUGGACCGCACCAGCGUCUCCACCCCAGUGCAGAAUACCAGGAAACGCUGCAACGAAUUGCUGCUCUCGACAAAAAUUCACAGUGGAAAAAAUCCGGCUGCGACUUUGAGGUUCCUGUGCGUGUGGAGUUCUCAGUUACUGGUGACGAGCUCUACACUGAAGCACUUGCUGAUGUCGCGACCGCCGAGAGGAUUGUGAAGGAGCAGUGGGAGAAGUAUUCUGCGUCUCAUGAGAACAAAGCUCCAGCUCCCGGAGUGGGUGAUCCACGCCCGCUCCAGCUGGGAGCGAUCGAAAUUACUUGGAUUCCGAGUCUGCAGAUUCGCGACAUUGGAGCCAUGUGCUCGGCAAUGGUACACAGUCAGGUGUCGAGGAAGCUCUUGAUGCUGCUCGGGAUGGACAUACGAGACCAGGAGAAGAACCGAAAGUGUUGGGAGUGGCUGGCGUAUGCGCUCUUUUCGAAGAGAGCUCGAGCGUACUCGUCUUUAGAGUCGCUGGCGCUCAUGUUAGUGACCAGCAUGAGUGUCAAUGACAUGGAAGGGUUUACGUCCAUCUUGAAGUCUGAACACCCAGAAGCAGACUUAUUUGACUCCCCCCAGGCGAAUUGAAGCCAAGAGAUGCGACACUAAGAGCUGGUCGCUCGUUCGAUGUGUCCUGGGCAACCCAACGAAAUCCUCAAGCCAUUACAUUUGAUGUUCCAGUACCAUUCGUCCGAACCUUCAGUGACGAUGGCAGAAGCACGUGG